UUUUUAUAACUCAGCCAAUAUGUUGAUUGCCAAAAUUAUAGCAAGUACAUAAUAUUUGUCUGAAAGUUGAUUGAUAAGGAAGGCUGCGCGUUAUCAGAAAAUUGACCUCAUCACGAUUGCUAAAAACUAGCAAACAAGAAUAACGUAGCGAGAGUAUAGAGCAGAAGAAGGUCUUCUCUGCUGAAAGGGGAUUCCCGCCAAACGAUGGUAGAAGAGACUUCUGUCGACUUCUCCAAGCUUACUAGAGAUUAUGAAGAAAUAACCGUGCCUGCCCCAUGGGGACACAUCGCAGGUAAAUGGUGGGGACCGCGCGACGUGCAGCCGGUGCUGGCGAUGCACGGCUGGCAGGAAAACGCCAACGCUUGGGACCCGUUGAUGAACCUGAUGCCCGCGGACAUAAGUUUCCUGGCCGUCGACAUGCCCGGCAACGGCCGCUCGUCGCACUACCCGGACAACCCGACGUGGUUCCACGCGAGCGAGGACCUGGUGGCGCUGAGGGUGCUCAUCAGACACUUCCAGUGGAGCGAGCCCGUCACCUUCCUCAGCCACUCGUACUCGACAGGGCAGGCCUACAUGUACGCCGCGUCCUACCCUGAAGAGGUUAAGAAAGUGAUUUCCAUCGACAUGGUGACGCCCGUGGGAAUAUCAAUGGAGCGAUUCGCGUCCAGCGGAGGCGCUCGUCUGGACAAAAUCAUCGACAUUGUUGACAAGAAACGCAACCGCGCCGAAAAAACGCUGGAGCAGCACGCCGACGAUUACAGCAAAGCGACGAAUAACUCGAUCAGCGCCGCCGCCUCCAAGCACAUCUUGGAACGGUCCAUGAAGAGAACCGACUCGAAUCUGUUCCGCAGCACGCGCGACGGCCGCGUCUCGAUUCGCUUCUACUUCAGUUUUCCCAACGACUUUCUCCUGGAAAUGGGCAAACGAAUCAGGUGCGAAUACUACGUCAUCCUGGCCACGCUUCCCAUUUUCACCGACCGCGUCGAGCUCAUGUUCAAGACGGAGAACGUCCUUCGAGAGGGGGCCAAAAGAUUCGAAAUUGUGAAAGUGAACGGAACCCAUCACGUGCACAUAGACCAUCCCGAGAGAGUUUUGAAGCCGAUUUUGCGGUGGCUCAGAAAUAAUGACCAGGCAGAAAUUAUUGCAGCGCAACCAAAUGUUCUCAAUAAAGGCAAAAUAUAAUAAGGAAUUAAUUUAAAUAGAAAUUAAUGAAAAUAACUAAGUUUUUGUUAAUUUAAUUUAUCAGUGAGAAUGUGUUUUUUUGUAAUCUUUUGGGUAGAGUUGUGUCUAGUUUGCGGUGUUUUCCCGUUUAAAUUUUCGAAAAGAAAUUUAACCUGGAUUCAGAAACUGAGCGAGAAAACCCCUGCUUGGAAAACGAAUUAAAAUAUCAAAAUUUCAACUUUUUAUGGGAAAUUUUAUUUCUUUCUAAAACAGAUAAGGAUUUCUGUUUCCAAAAUAAUUAUAUUUUUCUAUCUAAAAUGAGCCUAGUCAUGUUCAGUGUGUUGCCAUUUGUCUUAAUUUUUAAGUUUUAAAUGGAAAAAUUGAAUUUUUUUUUAAACAAAUCCUUAUCUGAUUUAGAAAUAAAUAAGAUUUCUGAUUAAAAGUGAAAUCUGGUCAUUUUAAAUCAAUUUCCGAGCAGUGGUUUUCUCACUAAAAUUCUGAAUAAACAUUAAAAAAAUAACAAUGGUAUUUCUGGUUUGAAAUUUUUGAUGAUUAUGUAACAAGAUCGAAUGGCACUUCAAUAUUGAUGUGAAAAGAGCAAACAAAAACAUUAGGGACAUUAAUAGGAAAAAAAUCUAACGCCCCUUGAGAAAAAUUUCUAAAAUUAAUCUAUUAUUAUAAUUGUUAUCUCCGGUCAGAUUAGAUUUUUAAAUUGUUUACCUUUGAUCACCACAUAAUUAUGUAAGUCCAAAGCACGGCUAAAGCGAAAUGAAUAAAUAACAAAAAUAUUGCAAAAGCAUAGAAUUAUUUUCUUUUAAUCGGGAGCUAAUGUAGGUUAAACUUUUAAUUAAAAAAGUUAAUAAUCAUCUCAUUGCCACACUUUUACCUCCUCUAACAAACGACCAAAGUAAAAUAAACUUUUCCUUACAUCAAUGAAAAUGCUUAUUUUUUCAGCGCUUUGUAUGUUGAGACUUGGUCAUUUGCAUGUGAUGAUGUAAUGAACCGGCACUUUUUCCUUUUUCUAUGAACGUAAAAGCAGCUUCCCUUUGCAAUUGU